AUGACGUCUUCAGCGUCUGGCUCUAUUGCCUUCUUCAUCCUUUCACUACUCUCCAUAUGCGGUCUUGUCCUCCUGCUACUACGCUACUAUCUCCCACUUCGCACCACUCCCGCAUACGUCGUCUUACCCGUAUUCCUAGCGAUAGCUCUUCCAGCCAGCAUCGUUGUCCUGCUUCCCAUCGAUCUUGCAAGCAGCGCCGGACUCGAUACAACUGACGGCGCAAGGGGGAUAUGGCUAAAUGACACGGUUGUGUACAAGACAUGGCGCGUCAUCUACUGGCUCACAUUCGCCCUCACAUGGGCUAUACUGCCUAUGCUCGGCGAAUAUUGCGACAGCGGAUACAGGGAGCCCAAAGCCAGGCUGCAGUAUGCGCUUCGAAGCAACGGACGAUACUGGCUCAUCCUGCUGGCAUGCAGCGUCGUCGGCUCCGUCUACCUGAUAUGGUGGAACGGCUUCGAGGCCGACACAUUCAAGAGUUUGGUUAUGGCGCUUGCCUAUACUUGGGGUCUUAUUCUAGGCAUCUACCUCAUGGGCCACGGGCUUGUCGCGUUCCCGCGGAGUUUGUUUCGGUACGCGAGCGUUAGCGAACGAUUAAAGAGAAUACAGGGCCAGGCACCCAAAGUCCAUGAAAGACUGACCGAGGCGUUGGAGAAGCUGGACCAGUACGAAUUCCAGGUUGUACAACUCAAACAGAGGAAGAAUGGUAUUCCAAAGGAAUUUCAAGAAUGGAUUGACGAGAUAGCGGAGAGAAGUAGUCUACCAGAAAGCCGGGCGGGUGUCCUUGGACGUGGAAAUACGACAACGAUUCCACCAGUCAUCACGGAGCGAUAUCUUGCAGAGCUGACGAGGAAACUGAAGCGCGCGCGACACGCGAAAUGCCGCUUUGAGAACGAAUGGGAUCACAUUGUACGGAAAGCCGUCCGCACACAAGCUAUCCUCGACUCCAAGGCCAGCAAACAUCUCGAAUUCAAGGGUGCAGCCAGAUUGUCUCAUACAGGCCUGUUUGAACGCUUUACGCUCCUCACUCCCUUCACGCGGUACCACCUCCACGUCCAUAUCAUUCCUGCAUUGACAUACAUAUCAUGGGCUACGACAAUUCUAGCCUCCAUCUCCAUUGUCUGGUCAGAAUGCGUUCGCGAAGCUCAGGAUUUUGGUGGCCCCAAACUUUCCAUUAUCGGUUGGACAGUCGUCCAUCGUCAUGAUAGCGGUCGCUCAUCUGUUGGUUUCAACAGCCAGGUUAUUGCUGCCGCUUGGCUAUGCUACAUGUGUAUUUGCGCCUUCUACAGUCUCACUGAGGUCAAGAUUUGGGGCAACAGAGCGCUUGUACGACGCAAUACCUACCAGGAAAGUGCGACAUGGUAUGGUCUCCAGGUUGCGAAGUUGACCGUUCCUCUGAGCUACAACUUCUUGACGAUGACGGACAAGAAUAUCUGGAAGGGCACCAUGUUCUACAAAUUCCUCGGUCGCCUCAUCGUCUUGACUCCGCUCGGUGAAGGUUUCAGCGCUUUCUUUCCUAUUUUUAUCCUCGUCCCGGUCUUUGCAACAGCGUUUGGUCUCUAUGGCAAAGUGAAGAACAUCUGCGGCUUUGGUGAUCUUUUGGACGAUGAAGAAGACGGAGCAGCAGGUGCUCACGCAGGCACUGGUUCUUGGCGUGAAGGCCGCGCGUUGAUCGCACGUGAAGUCCAGGGCGCCAGCGGAAAUGUCUUGGGUCUCUCUCAACGCACAACAUUGCCGCCAAAUGAGCGUUACACAGACAGUCCAACACCCGCAUCAUCAAGUCGUACUGCUUCCGCGGUAGCUACCAAUGGUUCAAGCAGUAUCACGCGAUCUUCAGGAAUCCGAUCUGAGCAAAGGCGACCCUUGCUAGAAGACGAUGAAGGUGAAGGAAACUUUUUCGAGAAUUUUGCCUCCAGGGUCAAGAACACAUUCGAAACUAAUGACUUUUCCUUCACCCGGCCCAAGUGGCUUGGUGGCGAAGACGAAGUUGACGCCGGACGCAGUCGAAGACAGGCAGAGAGAGGUGAGAGUGAUCGUGCAAACGGGUUUCUGAGUCUGUUUGGUGGGAGGUCUGAGGAAGGGAGAUUGAGAUUGUAA